UCUAGCGAUGACACCAACAAAUGGCUAUCUUCGUAGAGAAACACCAGAGCCCGUUUACGGAAACACCCAGGUGGCGUGAGCUACCAGCUAUUUUCUCCGAGAGACUGUAGGCUUGGGUAGUUCACCCUCAAGCACUGCGGACAUCCUGAGUCGUGAUCUAAAGGGUGAAUUCGUCUGGUUGCUUUUGGAGCCGUGGAGCUGCUGCCAUGGCUUUUUACGAAUAUGUCACUAAAGAGCAACUCGCAGGUUUCGAUAAGUACAAGUACAGUGCCGUGGACACCAACCCACUGUCCGUUUACGUCAUGCACCCCUUCUGGAACUCUGUUGUCAAGAUCAUGCCAAGAUGGUUGGCCCCAAACCUCAUCACGUUUACAGGGUUCAUGUUCCUGGUGUUGAACUUCCUCAUUCUGUCCUAUUACGACUUUGACUUCUACGCAUCAGCACAGCUGCAUGUCCAUGUGCCCAGUUGGGUCUGGGUGACUGCAGGCCUCUUCAACUUUCUGGCCUACACGUUGGACGGCGUGGAUGGCAAACAGGCUCGGCGCACCAACUCCUCCACGCCUCUGGGGGAGCUGUUUGACCACGGGCUGGACAGCUGGGCGUGCGUGUUCUUCGUGGCCACGGUGUACUCCGUGUUUGGGCGCGGCGACACGGGCGUGAGCGUGGUGACACUGAACUACCUGCUGUGGGUGGUGCUCUUCUCCUUCAUCCUGUCGCACUGGGAGAAGUACAACACCGGGGUGCUCUUCCUGCCCUGGGGAUACGACGUCUCGCAAGUGACCAUCUCUAUCGUGUACAUAAUCACAGCAGUAGUUGGCGUGGAGACAUGGUACGUGCCCUUCCUCUGGAACAUCCAGUACAGAGACCUCUUCACAGUCAUGAUUGCAGGUUGCGCCAUCACAGUGACCCUUCCCAUGAGCCUCCUCAACGUUUUGAGGGCUUACCGCAGUAACACGCUGAAGCACAGUUCGCUGUACGAGGCUCUGCUGCCCUUCCUGUCUCCGCUGCUGCUCUUUAUCCUGUCCACCCUCUGGGUGGCGCUGUCCCCCAACGACAUCCUCCAACAGCAGCCACGCAUCUUCUUCCUCAUGGUGGGCACAGCCUUCGCCAAUGUCACGUGUAAGCUGAUAGUAUGCCAGAUGAGUAAUACCCGCUGUCAGCCGCUCAGCUGGUUGCUGGUACCCAUGGGAGGCCUGGUGCUGCUGGUGGUGUCCGGCGUGGUCACCCACAGCGAGCCCCUGCUGCUCUACCUGUGGACCGUCACAGUCAUCCUCGCACACGUGCACUACGGGGUGUGUGUGGUUCACCAACUGAGUGACCACUUCGACAUCUAUGCAUUCUCGCUAAAGAAGCCUAACUCGGACUGACAGGAGGAGGAGAAAAUCGGCCUAACGGCUGCGGAGGUCUAAGCUAUCCCAGCAUUCUCCUCUGCAGCUCGCCGACACGUCACCCAUCACCAUGGAGACACGCGUACCCCUGCCCUAACCAGAACUAAAAUGAAAAUUUAAAAACUAAAUGGUUAAAAAAACAACAACAACUAAAGACUACGAAACCAACGUAACUAAACUCAGCCCCACACAGCCCAGGGAUGGAGCUGCACCACAGGACCCAUGUCUCACUAGGACUGCGCUGCAACUACAGGAUCCACGUAUCCCCAGCACGGAGCAUGCACCAAAGGACUCUAUUCACCACCAGGCCAGAGCUGCACCACAGGAACCUUGUGUCCCCAGCACGGAGCUGCACCACAGGGCCUAUUCAUCACCAGGCCAGAGCUGCACCACUGGACCCAUAGGUCCUCAGCACGGAGCUGCAUCAGGAGACCCUUCUCCUCCACAGCAAGGGCCUGUUCCUCCGUUGACGGCUCUCUGUGUGUAGACGGAGAUGCUCGGUACAGGCCAGCUCCAGGUCUGGUUUUGGUUCUGUUCGGUUCGGUCCGGGUCCAGUACCUCCACGAUUCCUCUAGCCACCAGGCUCUGAUUCAGUGAAGCCCCAGAGAUCUGCUUGUUUCCUAAGGAUAUGUGCUUCCAGCUGAGAUAGGGAGGAGCCUUUGGUUAUACUGCUGCUGUUGCUGCUACUGCUGCUGCUGCUGCCACCACAAACCCCACUGUGUUAAUGGUGAAAUUACUUACUUACACAACACUCUAACACACACACACUAGCUCCCAUGUCAGAAGCUCAUUUGGGAGUUUUGUAUAUCUAACACACACACACACACACACUCUACAACAACAACUUGAAUGUUCAGUACAUUAAUGCCUUGUGGGGUGAGCUCUUUUUUUGGGGCCUAUUUGUUUUUGUCUUCUAACCUCAUGUUUGACCCACUGAUGGCUCUGAUGUCAGUGUACAUACAGCGACUGAAUGCUCUGUAACACACACACACACACACACACACACACACACUCUUGAUCAGUCCAUUUGAUGUGGCCCAGUGGGAUCCUUACUGGAAUAUCUACUUCCCAGACUGGGAGUAUAUUAUUUUGUACACGGGACACUGGGGGAACCCAGGGAGUCUACAUCUUGCAGCUUACAAGUGAACCAUAACCAAAGCAGAGGUUUGAGAAUGGACACAAGUCCUCAUUUUUCUUCCCCCGCAACUUGAAGACUGUCCUCUUCACCUUGAACUAAUGCCAGUGGAACUGUCCUCAAACUCGUCAACCAAUCAAGGACCAUAACCUAGAGGUUUCUCUCUCUCUCUCUCUCUCUCUCUCUCUCUCUCUCUCUCUCUCUCUCUCUCUCUCUCUCUCUCUCUCUCUCUCUCUCUCUCUCUCUCUCUCUCUCUCUCUCUCUCUCUCUCUCUCAAAACAUGGAACUAUGGGUAUUGGCCGUUGGACCUGAUUACUGUACAUGGGAUUCUGGGCUUUUAUUAUUUUCUAUUUCAUUUAUUUGGCAAAGAUAUAUUUUCCUUUAUUAUAGGUGGUGAUGUGUCAGCAUGCCGAUUUUCAGUUUUCUCUUUCUUUCCCCCUCCUUCCCUCCUGUCUUUCCUUUUCUCCUCCUCUCUGUUACUAGUGGGCUUUCAUUGAGUUUAUCGGCACUUAAAUGAAGAGUGCGCUUCAAAACCCUGUCCAGGAGAGGGCGCACUCUGAGCCAAGCAAGCCGUAGCAGGCUUGCACUGUUCUGUAAACAUGAUAAAGCCAAUGGUACCCCUUUGGGAGUGUCCCAAAUGACUCGGACGCCUCCUGUGAAGAGCAUUGCACUGAUGAUGUGUAAAUGUCUAAGUCAAGUGUGCGUUACGGGAUAAGCGAGAGCUGUUUGGGACCUCCACUUUUUUUUUUAUUUUAUUUUUUUUAUAUCUUUUUUUUUGCUUCUUGCCUUUUUUCCUUUGACCUUUUUCUUUUUGCUCCUGUUUUGUUAGGUAUAUAAAUUAUGUUUGUUUUCUAUGUGUGUGUGUGUGGCUGGUUAUGAAAGUGUGUGUGUGUGUGAGGUUGUGAAUGUGGAUAGAGUGAGCAAUGUCAGUGGACAUGUGAAAGCUUUCAUGCAGGGUUCAGAGAAAUCUGGGAUUCAGAACACACAUGUACACACACCUUACACAGUACAAAUGCCAGCACCCAUACACACACAUACAUUCACAGCCAUCAAUGGUUUCUUUUUUUUAGCUCUUUUACAUAAACCCAUUUUCACUCAGGCACUUUUUCCACACACACUCACACACGCUCGUACACACACACACACACAAACCAGAUUCCUCUGAACCUUUUUUCUUCAUUGGCACUUUACUCCUUGUUGCCAUAGCACCAUCCUCAGUUGUGUGCGUGCGUGUGUGUGUGUGUGUGUGUGUGUGUGUGUGUGUGUGUGUUGCAUAUAUAUACAUAUAUUGUAUUAUAUAUUCUUGUUUUAUGUUUCAGUUCCUUCAGAUCCAAAUGACCUUACUUUCUGACUGACCUCUUUUUUUAAGGCGUUGUUUUGUGACCAAAACAAUAGUUCAUGUCCAUACUCAAACUCCUAGUAUUCUCUCAGGCAGUGCCCAGCCUAACACCCUUAGUGGAAUUUCAAGGGACUAAGCGUACAGUUUAAAAGUGUACAGACUAAAAUCGAGUUUCCAGUAAUUAAAUAUUUAUCUGUAACCAUUCAGAAGAGGUCACCAAGUAUUUAUUUGAUGGUCUUGCCAUAAUGCAACUAUUCUUGACACCACUAGUAAUUUGAUAUGUCCAGUAAGGCGCUGUAAUGUGUUCUGUGUGAUGUCUCUGAACGAAUAUUUCCAUAAUGCUGAUGUUAUGUUGAUGUGUAAUGGAGGAUUUUCGACAUUGUGUGUGGUGGAAAAGUGCAUUCCGCCUAGUGAGUUUUGACCCCUCUGCUCGCCACGGACAGGAGAGGAUGAGCACGUUCCCGCAGCGGGAAUUCCGCUUCCCAUCGAAAGGGGGCAGUAGUACACCGCGUAGCCUACAAUGACUGAGUUGUACGACGAUUAGAGAAAACUCGGGAGAUUGAUCAUGUUUAUGGUGUAGAACAUGGGGAGACUAAUUGAUUAAAAAAAAGAAUUAUUAUUUUAAACAUUGUGUAUUUAUCUUUAAUGUAAAUUAGUAACUCUGUUUACCAUUAUGACUAGGGCGCUCAUUCUCUCUGCAAUGGUUAGUUGAGGGACGCCAUGGACAACGUCGAAAGAGACGUUUUCUCUGUGUGGGAGACUAUAACUGUACCAGGUGCAAAUUCUGAAUGUGAACGGUUAUAGCCUAGAGAUUGUUAUUUUGUUGUCAAUGGGGUAUGCUCGUUGUUUUUCAUUUUUAUUUUUGUUUAUUUUUAUCAGUGGUUCACGUCGAAACAGGUUGUUUUUCUUUAUUUGAAGAAUACUCUUGCAUACCGAUGUGAUGAUGCUUGUUAUAACUAACUGUAUGAUGGUAAAAAUGGCAACUGUGAAUCCGUACAAUCAUUUGUUAUUGUUUUUUAAUCUGCGUCUGCCUCAUGGGAGUGUAGCCGUCAGCCUCUUAACCACUGUCGCCCAAAUUAAUGUAGCUUCGUGUGUGGGAUACUGGAAUACACAUACCAGAAUCAUAACAAGGACUACAACAGUAUCAAGGGUUAUCGACCUACUGUAACAUUUGAAUAAAUAAAUGGACCUACGCUGCA